AUGGCCGUGCCUGUCGCCGCACCUUCAGCUGUCAUUGGCACCACAGCACUCUUCCUCACUGGAGCACUUGUCAUGAGAGGAGCUGGAUGCACCAUAAACGACCUCUGGGAUCGCAACCUUGACCCUCACGUCGAACGUACACGCCUCCGCCCACUGGCGAGACGAGCAGUGACACCCCAGCAGGCCAUCGUCUUUCUUGGUGGUCAGCUCUUUACAGGUCUAGCUGUCUUGUUAUCGCUACCUUUCGAGUGUUUCUGGUACGCCACGCCCUCGCUCAUACUCGUCACUCUCUACCCGCUGGCAAAGCGUGUCACGUACUACCCGCAAUUCGUCCUUGGCCUGACCUUCUCUUGGGGUGCCAUGAUGGGCUUCCCUGCGCUCGGUAUCGAUCUCCUCGCCAACCAGGCUGCAUUGACAGCAGCUGCUUUCUUGUACGCUAGCAAUGUUGCUUGGACCGUACUGUACGAUAUGAUCUACGCCCAUAUGGACAUCAAGGACGACGUUAAGGCCGGCAUCAAGAGUAUUGCGCUCAAGCAUGAGAAAGAAACAAAGGCCGUGCUGUCAGGCCUUGCUGUUGUACAAAUUGGACUCCUUGCCGCCUCUGGGUAUGCUGCAGGACUCGGCCCUCUUUUCUACAUUGGCUCUUGUGGUGGCGCGGCGCUUACGCUGGGCACUAUGAUCCGCCGCGUCAAGCUCAAGGAAGUCAGGAACUGCUGGUGGUGGUUCGUCAAUGGUGCUUUCUUCACCGGUGGUGCCAUUGGUCUUGGACUGACUGGCGAGUAUGCUGCGCACUUGCUCGGCUGGUAUGACGAGGACGAGGGGAUCAAGAAGCAGAAAGCCAUCAGCGCUUAG